AUGGCUUUCGCUGCUCCGGCCGCUGCCCCUGCUGGUGGUGCGGCUGCAACUCCAGCGGCCGAAGCAGAAGCUGCAGAAGAAGCUGCACCUGCACCCGCCGAAAAGACGAUGUUCACCCUGAAACUCGAUUCCUUCGAUGCGGCUGCCAAACCCAAGGUUAUCAAGGAAGUGAAGGGACUGCUGGGUCUGAGUUUGGUGGAUUCCAAGAAGUUUGUGGAGAGCGCGCCGAAGGUCAUGAAGGAGGGCGUGCCCAAAGAGGAGGCAGAGAAGAUUGUCGCUGCCAUGAAGGCACUGGGAGCUGUCGUUUCCAUGUCAUAA